AUGACAACAAAUGCAGAGCGGGUUGGCCCGCCAUUGCCAUCCAAGCGUUUGGUGGUUGGACGCGCCGCCUGGUGGAUAGCCAAGCCACGAGCUCGUCCACCUGCGCAACACACGCUAAUGGCGGCUAUCCGCGAAGAGGAAUCGGCAACGCGAAAAUUGUCAUUUGCCGACGCGCUUAAGGAUUUUCUGCAGAACCUGUCAUUUCAUUGUUAUGGCAAAUUAGUCGAGCACGGCCGUGGCAUUCAGGAGCGAUUCUUUUGGCUUAUUUGCCACAUAGCUGCUCUGACCAUUCUAAUUGCAUUCGUGUGGGGCACGUACAAGGACGCAACGGAUGAGCUAGUCACCACGCUGUACGAUCCAUUGUAUGCCGUCAGCAAAGUUCCCCUGCCCGCCGUUACGGUAUGCUCCCAGAAUCGCAUAUCCAAGCGCGCCGUCUGGCGUUACGCACAGGAGCUCAGCGACAAGGAUCCAAAGCUGCGCAAUGCCACUUACUUCUAUGGAGAACUGCGUGCCUUUAGCAUGUACUACGGCAUCGACGACAUUGUUGAUUAUGAGCGCGUUCUGCGGCUUCAGAGUUUCUUGGAUCAAUUCGAUACCGGACCACAGGAUGUGUUUUUUAAUUCGAAGAAUCGCUUGCAUACUCUGACGCCUCAAUGCAGUGACAUUUUGGUCUCCUGCCGUUUAGGAGGUCGGCCAUUCGACUGUAUGCAGGAAUUCCGUGAAACAAUCUCGAGCCUUGGAUUUUGCUGUACUUUCAACUUUAAUGGAAGUUUUUCCGAAAAGCGACCGUUUUAUCAGCGUUUUUAUGGAGUUGAUAUGGGUUUAAUUCUAACACUGAGAGCCGCAGCUGAAGACAUGUUUUUCAACCCGCACAACAAUUAUCCGGAUCCACAAUCUGGUGGUGUUACCAUACGUUACGUACACACAGGUCGCAGUACUUAUUUGCCCGUGCGUCCCCGAAUCUUCGAGACUCUCCCGGAAGCUCGUCGCAUAAGACCCGACGUGCGUAAAUGCCGUUUUUGGGAUGAGAUUCCGCGCAACUUCACUCGUCGAUAUACCUUCAGCAAAUGUAUCUCCGCCUGCCGCGCCCGCAGCAUAUAUAACUUGUGCGAGUGCCUCCCUUUCCAGCUACCCAUGCAUUACAUUGGCGACGCCGCGGGACGCGUCUUCUGCACGCUACAGCACUUGGAGUGCCUCAACCAAUACAAGUUCAAAUGGCUGAAUGUCAUCACCAGUCGCGACUAUAUGCCCGGCCUGGAGCAUGAGAUGGAAGAUGCGCUCUACUGUCCGGACUGCCAGCCCUCCUGUAGUGAGAUACUCUACAAUGUUCGUGGCGCCGGAGCGCUGGCCCUUCACAAUCCCUCCAGAAACAUGACUAACGUCCGCAGUAGCAUCAGCCCUGGCAAUAACAGUUAUGGCCAUGACAGCUCCGAGUUGGCCGUUGUGCGUAUUUACUUUGCCGAAACGCACAUUCAAUACUUUCGGCAGAUUAUUAAAAAUGACUGGUACGAGAUCUUCAGUACAAUUGGCAACAUCUGCGGCAUCAUAGCGGGCUUCUCAUUGAUUGGCAUCUGCGAGCUGCUAUUUUUCGUAGCCAAACAAUUAUGGCAUGCAUACAAAGCGGAACGGAAGUCGGAGCUCUGGCACACCCGCGACCAUACCCCACGUCGAUCCCGAGCCCGGACUCGGGCUAAUGGUCGUGUAAAGGCAACUCAGCAGCAGCAGCGGCAGCCAAUGGAGCUCCUCAUACUGCCGUAA